ACUCCAGUGUCGGAUGCUGCUGGUGGAGAACAAGCCACUCUUUGUGUGUCCAUGAGUCUUCUAGGAGCAGCUCCAAUCUCGGUGCCAUGAGUUUCACGAACUGUUAAGGAAAAGGGGACCUGGGGGAAACUGGUUCGAGCCGUUUUCCUGCACAGGUCAUCAGAAAUAACAAGGGCUGGUUAAUAAUUCAUUUUCAUUUGGACAGGACGAACAAUAGCGGGUGGUUUCAGAUAAGUUAGGACAUUUUGAAACAGAUAUUCAUCAUGACCUGGUGUCCAUCAGUUUAUUAUUAUUAACAAUAAACUGUAUUUGGCAUCAAGCAUGAUCGCUGACAAAGCGUCUCAGCAAGAUGUCGACACUGCUCGUUUCACAAUUGCGAAAUGACAUUCACACAUCUGUUAGCAUUUACACACACCAAGAGUCGUGUCCGUUCGUAGUCAACACAGCAACAUUAACGAGCUUAGCUAGCUACGCCGUUGUUUAGCUUCAAGCUAACCCGGCUCUUCAUGCCAGCUGCUACUUUAUCGCACUAUAUACCAAACCUUUCGACUCGAAAAGACUGAAAUGAAAAUGUUCAACUUACUACAUUCGGUAGUUUGUUAUAUGAAUCCAGUGCCUUUUUAAAAUAGUAAAAUGCUAACAGUUCGCCUGCUAGCUGUUGUUUUCCCCACCAGCGUCGCGUCAGUUUCCCCUCCGAACCAAAGGGGGCGUUAACGGCAGAGGAUAGUGAGCGCGCACUUCCUGUUCGGAGCUGGAGGAUGUGCAUGUUGCUGGGAGCAGCCGGUUUUAUGCAAGAAACAAUUUGAAACUUUUGAUUCUUCCUCUUGAGAUGAUGAACGUUUUACGACUCGUCUACUCAUCCAGAUCUGCCUGGCGACGGACGUGUCAAUCCGGGUUUCAGACUGUUACCUGUCCUGUCAGUAGUUUUUCAAAUGGACCACUGAAGGACACUUGUCAUAAUAAGGAGAAACGCGGUGUAGCUUUUAGUCGUCGUCUCGUUUCUGUGAGGGAUCUUUGCACGGGGCGCGUUGACAUGAACUGCUGGAAUUGUCAUCAUCCUCGGGACAGAACUCCUGCGUUCUUCUGUCUUUCCUGUAAAGUUGUCCAACCCCCCGAUGAACACUUGAAUUACUUCAAGAUCAUGGAUUGUGAACGAAACUUCACACUGAACACUCAGAAAUUGCAAAAAACGUACCUGCAGCUGCAGCGACUUCUUCACCCUGACAACUUCAGCCAAAAAUCACUGAAAGAGCAAGAGUUUUCAGAGCACCAGUCGGCUCUUGUGAACAAAGCGUACAACACUCUGCUGAAGCCUUUGAGCCGUGGACUUUACAUGCUGGAGCUGGAGGGGAUGCAUAUAGAAGAGGGGACUGAUUCCGCAGCAGAUUCAGUGUUUUUAAUGGAGCUGAUGGAGAUCAAUGAAGCUCUUGAUGAAGCCCAGACUCCUGAUGUGGCCAGUCAGAUCGGAAAAGAGAUGAAAGGAAAGCUGGCAGGUUUGACGGAGAAGAUAGACGCUGCCCUGCGGAAAGGAGAGCUCCAAGCUGCCAAACAACUGCUUGUGCAAAUGAAAUAUUUUGCAAACAUAGAGGAGAAAGUAAAGGAGAAACUCGCUGAAUUCAUGUGAAGGAUAUUGUAGUUACUGUAUUUAAAGUAUGUUUUUAAUAAAGUUUGUGCUGUAUAUAAGACAAACUGUG